AUGUAUACUUUACAAAAGUUAUUAUCACAGUAUCAAAGUAUAAUUGCAGAAAUGUAUACAAAAACAACAACUUCAAAUAUAGAUAAUAAAACUAUUGACUUACGUUCAGAUACAGUUACAAUGCCAUGUAAUGAAAUGAGAAAAAUAAUGGCAGAAGCAAUUGUAGGUGAUGAUGUUUAUUCUGAAGAUAAAAGUGUAAAUGAAUUAGAAGAAAAAUGUGCAAAAUAUUUUGGAAAAGAAAGUGGUUUAUUUGUUGUUUCAGGAACAAUGGGCAAUUUGUUAGCUGUAAUGGCACAUUGUAAUCCAGGUUCAGAAAUAAUUGUUGGUAAUCAUCAACAUAUUCAUAAAUGGGAACAAGGAAAUUAUGCUCGUUAUGGUGGUGUUAGUGCAACUAUUUUAAACAAUAAUCCUGAUGGUACAAUGAAUUUAGAUGAAGUUGAAAAUUCUAUACGUAAUAAUAAUGAUAUUCAUUCUCCAAAAACAAAAUUAAUAUGUCUUGAAAAUACUCAUAAUUAUUGUGGUGGUAUUGCAAUACCUAAAGAAUAUUUUAAAAAUAUAAAAAAAAUUGCAACAAAACAUAAUAUUCAUGUUCAUUUGGAUGGUGCAAGAAUAUUUAAUGCAGCAGUAAAAUUAAAUUUAUCACCAAAAGAAUUAGUUGAAGAUGUAGAUUCAGUAAUGAUGUGUUUUUCCAAAGGAUUAGGAGCUCCUGUUGGUAGUAUUCUUGUUGGUAGUAAAAGUUUUAUUGAAAGAGCUCGUUAUAUAAGAAAAGGUUUAGGAGGAGGUUGGAGACAGGCUGGACAUUUAGCUGCUCCAGCAUUAUAUGCAUUUGAAAUUGGUUUAGAAACUGUCAAAAAAGAUCAUGAGCGUGUAAUGAUACUUGUUGAAAACUUGAAUAACAUUUCAAAAAAAUAUAAUAUGUAUGAUAAAAUUAGAGUUCAAGAUACUCCUACAACAAAUAUGAUUAUUUUAAUAUGCGAAAAUUCAAUUACACCUCAAAAAGUAAUAAAAUAUUUAGAAAGUAAAAAUAUUUUGGCAAUGGAAUUUGACUCAAAACGUGUUCGUAUGAUUAUUCACAGAAACAUCAACGAUAAAGAUAUUGAAUAUAUUAUAAAAUGUUUUGAAGAAUUUAUCUCAAAAAGUUAA